CUGUGCGUGUUUAGUAAAUACUUAAAGGCCGUUGGGGACUUGGGUUUCUAUUAUGCAGCGUGUUAUCAUUCGGGUGAUUUUCUUUGCUACCUUUGGCCCUCCUUAAAUGAAAGCUGUAAAUUCAGUGGGAGGGUUCCAUUCUGACCGGGGAUCUCUACGGACUCACUCCUGCUCGACAAACUAUUUACCAUGGCAUCUCCACUGAAGAGUCUGGUUAUUGAUGAUAACAGAUACCAGAAAUCCUUCCAGCUUUUUCUGGAGCGCUCCUCCGAGCAUCAGUGUAUGCAGGACUUCAUCCGCAACACGCUGCCAGACAUACUGGCCAGCAUUGGAGAUGGAAAGUCCCAUCUAAAUGUCAUCGGAGUUGGAAGUGGAGCUGGUGAGAUUGACCUUGAGAUGCUCUCCCAGCUCCGAAUGAAGCACCCAGGGGUGACGGUGGAUAACGAGGUGGUGGAGCCCAGCAGCACGCAGCUUCAUCACUACAAAGUUUUGGUGUCAAAGAAACCAAAUUUAGAUUACAUCAAAUUUACCUGGAACAACAUGACUUCCUCCGAGUUUCAGGAGCAGUGGAAAGUGAAAAAGAUGACUAAGAAGGCUGACUUCAUUCACAUGAUACAGAUGCUGUACUAUGUGAAGGAUCCUGGAGCUACCAUCGACUUCUUCCAGAGUCUCCUCAACAAGAAUGGGAAGCUUCUUAUCAUCCUAGUUUCUGGUAACAGUGGUUGGGGAAAGCUGUGGAAGACCUACAGGAGCCAGCUCUGUAACACAGAAAUAAGUCAGUGUGUGACCACUGGAGACAUGAAAAGCUUUCUGGACUCCAAGGGGGUGAGCUAUCAGAGCUACGAGCUGCCUUCUCAAAUGGAUAUCACCGAGUGUUUCACUGAGGGGGAUGAGAAGGGAGAGCUGCUGCUUGAUUUCCUCACCGAAGUGCUGGACUUCAGUAACACAGCCUCGCCUGAGCUCAAAGCUGGUGUCCUGGAGUUACUGCAGCACCCAGACUGUAGCGUGGAGUCCAACGGCAAAGUUACCUUUAACAACAACCUUGGAGUCAUAGUCAUAGAUCCGCUCACAUAGAAACAAGUGCUUAAUAGCCUAUAGUGAUUUAUACAUUUGCAGUAGAAUAACAGCAUACUUAAUGUUUAAUGGCAAUUGAUUUGCACUGUACAGUGUAUUAUUUACUGUAUCUAAUUAGCAAGCUUUUAGUCCAUGUUGGAUAUGCUUAUUUUUACAUGAUUGAUUUCUACAAACAAGUUAUUUUCUAUAAUUGUAUUUUUUCUUUCUAUGCCUGUGCAAAACACUAUCUAACAGUGUGUUUAAUUGUUGUGCACCACCCAAAAUGUAAAUACCAGAGUUGUAAUCAGAUUAAGACAUAAGUCUCAGGUUCCAUCAUGAAAGCAUUUUUUAAUGGACAACAGCUGGCAGGCUGUGCUACCAACCCCUUUUUCUCUAUUCACACUAUUGCUCCCAUUGGAUCUUAUUACUUUGGAAGUGUCAAAAUAAAUGGAAAAUUCAACGUUUAA